GCUCGUUUUUGGAACACUCCAGUGAUAACAGCGGGGGCCACAGCUAUAGAUUUCUACUUGUACAAGAAUACAACCUACUCUACCCUAACUAGAGUGGGGCCAGCCAAUCUACAAGGAUGCAUGGAAUUUAUUGAAGCAAUUCUUGCACACCAUCAAUGGAGAAGGUUUAAGGCUCUCUACAACUCAGUGGGACAAGACGACAACCUUUUCGCCUUUAGUCAUCUCCUGACCGAGUAUCUCCAUUACCACAUGAGCUAUGUUUACCCUAAGAUAUCCAUGGACAUUUACAAACUGGACUCCAGAUUGUCCGACGAUAUCGGGGAUGUGUUAAAGAAGGAGGUGUCCACUGGCUUCUCAG